GUGCACGAAGUAAUUUUAAAAAUAAUGAAUUUAUUAUUGCAAAAUAUUUCAUUUAUGGAGUUAUGUUUUCGUAGCAAUUAAUGAUACAAACAAAUAAGAAAUUAUUUGAAUAUCGAACACCUAUUACGAUGGCUGAUAUAAACAAAUAUCUGGAAUCGCAACUAGCACUCGCGAAACAAAAAUGUGAAAACAGCAAGAAAGAACACAAUGUUUCUGAUAAAAGCAGAGCUGCUGCAGAGUCGAUAGGAAAGAAACAAGGCAAGACCAAGAAAUGCGUCAAAGAAUCUACGAAUGCAGGACAUUCGUCGUCGAAAGGUGGUACGUCUGUGAAUUCCGAUGAAGACGAAUAUUUACCUUCGUGUGAUGAAGAAGAUGAACAUUUUUCACCUUCUUUUCCAACGUUUUCCCGCGUAAAACAACAUGUUAAGAAAAUUAUCGACGAUGGGGAUACUACGCUUUACAAUGAAAGAGUGAGUAACUGGAAGAAGGACUUGGCGGCGGCGUGUGCAAAAACAUACAAAGGCGAUCCAUACACUGCUGAUUUACAAUACGUUUUGAGUGGAAAUGAUGAUCCAAAUGAACUUCAUGAACUGCAGAAUGGCUUAUGCGUUCCUAAUUACAUCUGGAAACAGCUUUAUAAAUAUCAGAAGAUUGGAAUUAAAUGGUUAUGGGAACUUCACCAAACUAAGUCCGGAGGUCUUCUUGGCGAUGAAAUGGGCUUAGGGAAAACUGUUCAGAUUAUAGGUUUCCUGACUGGCCUCUGUAAGACAGACAGUGGUUCUUGCGGUGGCCUGGGACCGUCUAUAAUUGUUGCUCCAGCUACAGUUAUUUUCCAGUGGGUUUCACAUUUUCAUUACUGGUACCCAUCGUUAAGAGUAGCAGUAUUGCAUCACUCAGGCUCGCAUGUUGGAAAUCAUAAUAAACUCAUUAGGGAAGUACAAUCCUCGCAUGGUAUCUUAUUAAUUACAUAUGCAGGUGCUGUGAGGUAUGCUGCUGAUUUAAUGUCUCGAAAAUGGCACUACCUCAUUUUGGAUGAAGGGCACAAGAUCAGGAAUCCAGAAACUCAAGUUAGUAAGUUUAUUAAAAAAUUCCAGACACCCCACAAAAUACUUGUGACUGGUUCUCCAAUGCAAAAUAGUCUUCAAGAACUAUGGUCUUUAUUUGAUUUCAUGCGGCCAGGAUUACUAGGUACUUAUAAUGUAUUUAUGGAGCAUUUUGCUCAACCUAUAACUCAAGGUGGAUAUGCCAAUGCCACUGAAUUGCAAGAAGCAUCAGCAUUGGAAAUUGCUAAGGCAUUGAAAAACAUUAUUACUCCAUAUAUGCUGAGAAGAACCAAAGCUGAAGUUCAAGAACACAUUAAUUUACCAGAAAAGAAUGAGCAAGUGUUAUUUUGUGCAUUAACUCGUGAACAGCGGGAUUUGUAUAUGGGAUAUCUUAUGAGCAGCACAGUGAGAAGUAUACUUGAUAAAGAAAGUAGAUUUGGGGAUCCUUUGCGGGCUAGAGUGUUAGUUGCACUGUCUACAUUACGAAAAAUAUGCAAUCACCCAGAUUUAUACUUGUAUGAAGCCCAGGAAGAGAUGGAACACAUUGACGUAGAAAAGUUUGGUCAUUGGAAAAGAUGUGGAAAGAUGACAGUUGUGAAUUCCUUAUUAAAAAUCUGGCAAAAACAAGGUCACAGAACUCUAAUGUUCUCUCAAUCCAGAGCCAUGCUUUGUUUAUUAGAACAGUAUUUACAAAACCAAAAUUAUAAAUACUUGAAAAUGGAUGGCACUGUCAGUGUUGGUCAGAGACAAAGUCUGAUCAAAACUUUUAAUGAGAGUUCAGAGUACUUGGUGUUUUUGUCAACAACGAGGGUUGGAGGAUUAGGGGUCAAUUUGACUGGUGCUGACAGAGUAAUCAUUUACGACCCUGAUUGGAACCCAGCUACUGAUAACCAAGCUAAAGAAAGAGCAUGGAGAAUAGGUCAACAUAGAAAUGUCACUGUCUACAGAUUGUUGUCUGCUGGAACUAUUGAAGAAAAAAUAUAUCAGAGACAGAUCUUCAAACAUUUUUUGAGCAACAAGAUUUUGAUUGAUCCAAAUCAAAAAAAUGUUCUUACUACCAGUACUUUACAAGGUCUGUUCACUUUAGAAGAGCUGAAUAGUGAAGGAGAUACUGAAACUGCAUCCCUUUUUAAACACACAAAAGUGAAUGUAAGCCACAAAAAUAUGGAAAGAAAUAACAGUGUGCCUUUAAGUGGAGGUGUCUCAUUUUCAAAGAAAAGAUUGGAUGAAAUGAAAAGGAUGGCAAAAGAGAUUAGUAAAAAAAUUUCGAGAGAUACUGAAAAAGCAAAAGAACCCAAAGAAGAUCCUAGGGAAAGGUAUAAGAAAGAAAGGGAACUGUUACUGAAUCCACCUCAAGUUGAAGAACCUGAAAUCAACUUGAUUGAUGACAAAGUGACUGAUGUUCCAUUUGACAAUGUUUUAUCAGAACUUGAUAUAGUUACAAUGCAUGUUAAGAAAGAUUACGAAGAGAAUUUGAUUAAGGAAGUUAUAAUGAAAAAGGAGGAACUGGAAGAAGGAGAAAUAUCGGAUGUUGAAGAAUCAAAAAAAGAUGCUGAUGAAGAGGAACCUGAAAAAGUUAAUAAAGAUAUACCUAUAGCAGCCAGUAACUUAAAACCACUAAAAGACGAAAGGCCAGAGCAAGAAUUCUCACAGCAUAAUGUAAACAUUGUUAAGGAUAAAGAUAAAAUUGCAAAUCGACGAAAACGAAAACAUUCACGUUUAGAAUCUGAGAUAGAGAAUUUGGUAGCAGUGAAAAAAGUGAAAAAGAAGAAACACAAAAGAGAUAAACAAAAGAAACUUGGUAAUGAUGAUGAUUAUGUUCUAAGCAAACUAUUUGCAAAGUCUUCAGUAAAAAACGCUUUACAACAUGAUGUAGUAAUUGGAUUGGCAGAGAAAGAAAGACGGAUCAGAGUACAAGAGGAAGCCUCGAGGACGGCGAAAAAGGCCAUUAGGGCAAUUAAAUAUUCCCCAGAGUAA